GGACGGCCGCGGGAGGCAGUACGGACCGGACUCCCGGGCAGGGCGCGCAGCGGGAGACCGUCCGGGCGGGGCGCCACCUCCCCCUCUUGGGCGCCUCGGGGACUUGUACCGCCGCGUGUCCAGCCGCCCGUCACGCUCCGAGGCGUCGGCGUGAAGACGCGGGAGGCAGUGGGAGCGAGCCGCCGGAGUACAGGGUGUCUGGGCGGCGGGCGCUGCGUGGUGGCCCCGCGGUCUGGGUGUGCGUACGCGAGUGUGUGCACACGUGUGCGUGGACCUCGGGGUACCGCGGCCCCGCGCGCCUGCCCCUGAGGGUCCACGUAUGCCCGUGAGUCUGGGCGGAGUGCAGGUGGAGCGUGAGCGUGCAGCCGGGUGGCUGGGCGGCUGGAGCCGCAGGGCGGAGCGUGGGCUCGCGGGGCUUUGUGCGGCAUGUAUGCGCGUGGGCGCCGCCGCCCGCUGUCCCCAGGGCUGACAGCUUCCCUGGGGGAUGCUGCACUGGUCCGGCCUUUGUCGCCCCCACCCCGCUCCUUCCCGGAACCCGGCAUCCUCCCUUUUUCCCCACCACCCCGCCCUGCCUCGCCUCUGCGCAGCGACCGGGACCCAUCCCUGGGUUCCUCGAAAGCCCGGCGGGGCGCUGGGGCACCCUGGAGGCUUCCCGCCCGGCCCAUCGUGGCCAGCAGCGUUGCAGGAGGAGGCAGGAGGGGAGGGCGAAGUCACUAAGAUGCUGCCGCAGCAGCAGCGGCGGAUGAACCGGGACCCGCCAUCCUCGUCCCCACCCUGUGCGGUCCGGCCUUUCCUCCCGCUUUCCCUUCUCGAACCGCGGCGCCCGCUCUGCCUCCCCCUCCUGGGAGGCUGGUUCCGCUCGCCUCCGCCCGGUCCCCAGCUUUUUCUCGCUCGCCCUGCCUCUCCCUCAGCAGGCUCAGUCUCUCCUUCUUCCACUCUCCUUCCUUUCCCUUCCUGGUGCCCUCUUCACUUCUCAUACCCUGGAGUCCCCGGACAGGGGCUGAGGGCCCGGCAGUAGAGUGACCGCAGCCCUCCAGGAGCCUCCUGCCCGGCCUCCCCAGGUGGGCAGUGGAAUUGGCCAGGCCCCUGGGCGCGCCAUGCGCAGCACCACACUGCUGGCACUGCUGGCGCUUGUCCUUCUCUACCUGGUGUCCGGUGCCCUGGUGUUCCAGGCCCUGGAGCAGCCCAGCGAGCAGCACGCCCAGAGGGAGCUCGGGGAGGUCCGAGAGAAGUUCCUGAGUAACCAUCCCUGUGUCAGCGACUGGGACCUCAGGGUCUUCAUCAAGGAGGUGGCUGAUGCCCUGGGAGGGGGUGCGAACCCUGACACCAACUCAACCAGCCACAGCAACUACUCAGCCUGGGACCUGGGCAGCGCCUUCUUUUUCUCGGGCACCAUCAUCACCACCAUCGGCUACGGCAAUGUGGCCCUGCGCACAGAUGCUGGGCGCCUCUUCUGCAUCUUUUAUGCGCUGGUGGGGAUUCCACUGUUCGGGAUCCUACUGGCAGGGGUCGGGGACCGGCUGGGCUCCUCCCUGCGUCGCGGCAUCGGUCACAUCGAAGCCAUCUUCCUGAAGUGGCACGUGGCCCCGGAGCUGGUGCGAAUUCUAUCGGCGGUGCUCUUCCUGCUGAUCGGCUGCCUGCUCUUUGUCCUCACCCCUGCAAUCGUGUUCUACUGUGUGGAGGACUGGAGCAAGCUUGAGGCCAUCUACUUCGUCGUAGUGACACUCACCACGGUGGGGUUCGGGGACUAUGUGGCCGGCGCCAGCCUCAACCAGAAAUCUGCAGCCUACCAGCCGCUGGUGUGGUUCUGGAUCCUGCUGGGCCUGGCCUACUUCGCCUCAGUGCUCACCACCAUCGGGAACUGGCUGCGAGUAGUGUCCCGCCGCACUCGGGCAGAGAUGGGCGGCUUCACGGCGCAGGCUGCCAGCUGGACCGGCACGAUGACGGCGCGGGUGACCCAGCGAAGCGGGCCCACAGCACCACCACCGCCGGAGAAGGAGCGGCCUCUCCUGCCUCCACCGCCCUGUUCAGCGCAGCCCGCGGGCAGGCCCCCAUCCCCUGCACCCCCUGAGAAGGCCGAGCCGCCCUCCCCGCCCACGGCUUCCGCGCUGGAUUACCCCAGCGAGAAUCUGGCCUUCAUCGACGAGUCUUCGGACACGCAGAGCGAGCGCGGCUGCGCGCUGCCCCGCGCGCCACGGGGUCGCCGCCGCCCUCCCAACCCUUCCAAGAAGCCUGAGAGGCCCCGGCGCCCGGGGCGCCCCCGGGAUAAAGACGUGCCGGUGUAGGGGCAAGACCCCGACCCCGGCUUCUCAAAUGGCUUGGUUCUGGCUCUCUCCCCAGCAUGCUUUGCUUAGUUAACCAAAGAGCCCUCUUUUGACCAGACGGGAGCCUGGGGAGCAGGCUACGGGUUGCUUGCCUGCCACCCUGGCCCCUGGCCCUCUCCUCACUUCAUCCAUUUCCAGACCCCCAAGCCUUUCUGUCUCGUCCCGGCUGGGCCCGUCCUUCACAAAACCUCACAACUGUGCCUCAAAGCCUGCAUCAAUAAACGAAAAAGUCUGUAUCGCUACGGACGUGCGCACUCCGGG